UUGACAUUGGUGUGUCAGUCACCAUGGUGGCAUACAACAGACCGCAGCGGCGGCGGACCUAUCCUCACUUUUAAACCCAUCAAAAAAUGCUUGUAGAAUGAAUUUUCUCUGUGACUGCAUACAGGCCUACCUCUCGUAAUGGACACCAGAUUGUUGUUGUCGGGAUAACUGAUAGCCGAUAGCUCACUUUUUUGUUUAGUGGAUCCUACAUGGAAUUUCUUUUCGUCGAUAGCAGAAUGCUGAAGAGACAAGGAAUUGCUUUGAUGAACGCUGGCUUGAAUGAAGGGAUAAUUUUUAUCAGAACAUAAUAAUUCUGCUGGACUCUUUGAGCCGCGCCUUUAAAGAAGUUUUCUCUCGGUGGGACUGGUGGCAGCCCUCCGGUAUCGGCUCGGGGACGGAAAGAGACCCCGAGGAGAGUGCCUAGCUGUCUGGCUCCCGUCGUGGCCUGGCUCCGGGGGACUCCCAGCUUAGCCUCUAUUAUCGGAGUAUUCUCAGACAGGCAACAAGAAAGAGGCAAGACAGCGGGGGGACUUGUUGUGUGAAUAUCCCGGUCCCUGGAAAAUUACAAACAGUUCGUAGGACAAGGAAUUCAAUUUCCCCCUGAAGUCGCCAGUCAAAACAAUGGCGUCUUAUGUGGAUAACAGCUUUCGCCAGGCUGUGAUGAUGAAUCCGGCUGAAAGGACGCAACAGGACCUGGAGAUCGUCUACUCCUAUCUCCACGGGAUGGAGGCCUUGUCCAACCUACGAGAGCACCAGCUGAGGAUGAUGUGUGAAACGGUGCGAUAUGAGCGACACGAGGCCAAUGAAGUGCUAUACUACCCUGACGACAUUGGAAGCUGCUGGUAUAUUCUACUGUCUGGCUCCGUCUUCAUCAAGGAGUCCAUGUUCCUGCCCAGAAGCAGUUUUGGCAAGCGCUCAGCAGGUAGCCUGCGACGUGGGUGUGAGUGCAUCGUCCUGGAACCCUCCGAGAUGAUUGUGGUGGACUAUAUGGAUGAAAAUGAGGAGUACUUUCAGCGGCAAGCCUCACACCGACAGUCCCGCCGGCGGUUUCGGAAGAUCAACCAGAAAGGGGAGAGGCAGACAAUCAUCGACACAGUGGACCCAUACCCCACCGGCAAGCCGCCUAUAGCCCGGGGAUACCACACGGAAUGCAAUAAAGCUCAGGUAUCCACGGGAACAAGAACAUUACAGCGCCAAACAACAAAAUGGGCCCAGAAGUGCAAGCUCCCCGCAGACUUCAGCAGACUUCACCUGGCCGACGGCUUGCACCCACAGGUGACCCACGUGUCCUCCAGCCACUCAGGAUGUAGUAUCACCAGCGACUCUGGAAGCAGCAGCCUGUCAGACAUUUACCAGGCCACAGAAAACGAGCCGGGUGACAUGGACCUGAGUGGCCUGCCAGAGACUGCAGUCGACUCUGAGGAGGACGAUGAUGAGGAGGACAUUGAGCGGGCGUCAGACCCCCUCAUGAGUCGGGACAUCGUCCGGGACUGCCUGGAGAAGGACCCCAUGGACAGAACCGACGACGACAUAGAGCAAUUACUGGAGUUCAUGCAUCAACUGCCAGCAUUUGCCAACAUGACCAUGUCAGUGAGGAGGGAGCUCUGUGCCGUCAUGGUAUUUGCCGUGGUCGAACGCGCUGGCACCAUUGUUCUUAACGAUGGUGAAGAGCUGGACUCAUGGUCGGUGAUCCUGAAUGGCUCAGUGGAGGUGACGUACCCUGAGGGCAGGACAGAGAUCCUGUGUAUGGGGAAUAGCUUUGGGGUGUCACCAACCAUGGAGAAAGAAUACAUGAAGGGAGUCAUGAAGACCAAGGUGGAUGACUGCCAGUUUGUGUGCAUAGCCCAGCAGGACUACUGCUGCAUCCUCAACCAGGUAGAGAAGAACAUGCAGAAGGUGGAGGAGGAAGGAGAGAUUGUCAUGGUGAAGGAACACCGCGAAUUGGACCGCACUGGCACCAGGAAAGGACACAUCGUCAUCAAGGGCACAACGGAGCGCCUCACCAUGCACCUAGUGGAGGAGCACUCAGUGGUGGACCCCACCUACAUCGAGGACUUCCUGUUGACAUACAGGACCUUCCUCUCCAGCCCCAUGGUCGUGGGCAAGAAGCUCCUUGAGUGGUUCCACGACCCAAGUCUCAGGGACAAGGUUACACGGGUAGUCUUGCUGUGGGUGAACAAUCACUUCAACGAUUUUGAGGGUGACCCCGCUAUGACUCACUUUCUGGAAGAGUUUGAAAACAAUCUGGAGAGAGAGAAAAUGUGCGGGCAUUUAAGACUGUUAAACAUAGCAUGCGCUGCUAAAGCCAAGCCGCGGCUGGUGACGCUAACCAAGCCGUCCAGGGAGGCUCCACUGGCCUUUAGCCUUCUUGGAGGUCAGGAGAAAGGUUUCCGCAUCUUCAUUGAUGCCGUGGAGCCGGGGAGCAAGGCAGCAGAGGCUGGCCUUAAGCGUGGAGAUCAGAUCUUGGAGGUGAACGGGCAGAACUUUGAGAAUGUCCAGCUCAGCAAAGCCAACGAGAUUCUGAAGAACAAUACCCAUCUGUCCAUAACUGUGAAAACAAACCUUUUAGUGUUUAAAGAGCUGCUAACCAGGCCAGAGCAUGAUCACGACUUGGAUGGGGAGGAGGAGCAGGACAGGAAGAACGGAGCGCCUCACCUCCCCAAGAUCGGGGACAUCAAGAAGGCCAGCCGCUACUCCAUCCCUGACCUGGCAGUGGAUGUGGAGCAGGUUAUGGGCCUAGAGAAGGCCAGCAAGAAGGCCAAGGCCAACACGGUGGGGGGACGCAACAAGCUGAAGAAGAUCUUUGACAAGACGCUCACCAGCAUCCUGCCUCCCAAACCAUACAACGACGUUGGCGUGGGCCAGUCGCAGGACGACAGCAUUGUGGGGAUGAAGCAGUCUAAACAGAUCCCACCAGCUCUGCCUGUCAGUGGCAAUCUCUCCUCCUCAAACCCAGACCUACUGCAGUCUCAUCACCGCAUCCUCGACUUCAACAACCAGCCUGCCCCAGUCAUACUGAAUAUGUCGGACCAAGUAUUACGAGUCUUCAAGGCAGACCAGCAGUCUCGAUACAUCAUGAUAGGAAAGGACACCACGGCCAAGGAGGUGGUGGCUCAGGCUAUCAGGGAGUUCGCCCUGACUGCAGCGCCGGAAGCUUAUUCACUGUGUGAGGUGUCCGUGACGCCCGAGGGUGUCAUCAAACAGAGACGAUUACCAGAGCAGCUCUCUAAACUGGCAGAUAGGAUUCAGCUGAGUGGCAGAUACUACCUGAAGAGCAACAUGGAGACAGAGACGUUAUGUUCAGACGAGGACGCCCAAGACCUUCUGCGAGAGGGUCAGAUCUCCCUGUUACAGCUCAGUACGGUGGAGGUGGCCACCCAGCUCUCCAUGCGGGCUUUCGAACUGUUCUGCGCUAUUGAGCCCACCGAAUACAUCGACGACCUGUUCAAGCUGCGUUCAAAGACGGGUUCGGCCAGCCUCAAGCGCUUCGAGGAGGCUAUCAACCACGAGACGUUCUGGGUGGCCACAGAGGUGACGCGGGAGCCCAACCAGCUCAAGCGCAUGAAGACCAUUAAGCACUUCAUCAAGAUUGCACUGCACUGCCGCGAAUGCAAGAACUUCAACUCCAUGUUUGCUAUCAUUAGUGGUCUGAACCUGGCUCCAGUCUCCAGACUGAGGGGGACAUGGGAGAAGCUACCCAGUAAGUAUGAGAAACUGUUUGGGGAUCUGCAGGACCUCUUCGACCCCUCAAGAAACAUGGCCAAGUACCGAAACGUCCUCAACAAUCAGAACCUCCAGCCACCAAUCAUCCCCCUGUUCCCUGUCAUCAAGAAGGACCUCACCUUCCUGCACGAAGGCAAUGACUCUAAAGUGGAUGGCCUAGUGAAUUUUGAGAAGCUGAGGAUGAUUGCCAAAGAAAUACGCCAUGUCGGUCGCAUGGCCUCCGUUAACAUGGACCCGGCCCUCAUGUUCCGGACAAGGAAGAAGAAAUGGAGAAGCUUAGGGUCUCUAAGCCAGGGUAGUGCCAAUGCGGCGGUGCUCGACGUCACCCAGACCGGUGGGCACAAGAAGCGUGUGCGGCGCAGCUCCUUCCUGAAUGCCAAGAAGCUUUAUGAGGACGCCCAGAUGGCCAGGAAGGUCAAACAGUACCUGUCUAACCUCAGCCUGGAGACUAACGAAGAGAGCCUGCAGACGCUCUCGCUACAGUGUGAACCCUCGAUCAGCACAUUGCCCAAGAACGCCAGUGGGAAAAGACCAGACACUUCUCCGGUAGUAUCCAGAGCUGCCAGCCAACAGAGAGGCCAGCUGGCCAAAGGCAACCAGGCCCUCCAGGUGCCUGCCGUGGCCCUUUACCCAUCCCGAAAGAAAGUGCCGGUCAAGGAUCUGCCUCCUUUUGGCACCAGUUCCCCCCAGUCUCUGAAGAAGAUCCUGUCCCUGUCAGAAGAGGCAAGCGACCGACACCGACGGCAGCCGGAGGACACUGUGUCCAACACCUCCUCCCAGCUCUCCUCCCCUCCCACUUCCCCCCAGAGCUCGCCCAAGAAGGGCUACCCCAGGAUGGGAGAUGCCUACUCAGACUCUGGUCACAGUGAGAUCUCCUCUCGCUCCAGCCUGGUCAGUAACUCUUCCUUCGACAUGGCCCAGGAGGAGAGGAGGCUUCGUCACUCUGGGGGAGUCGGGGACCCCCACAUGGGAGGACCGCGGCUGGAACGACGAGCCACCACUGACCCUGACCAGUACAGCCUCGGGUCCUAUUCAUCAAUGCAGGACUGCCGGGGCCUUUACGCUGGCUGCCCCACAGUGCUGUCCUCACCCAGUUCAGAGGAGCUGACGCAGGAUCAGGGUGAUCGUGUUUCCCUGGAUGCCGCAGACAGUGGCCGCGGUUCCUGGACUUCCUGUUCCUCUGGUUCUCACGACAACAUCCAGACCAUGCAGCAGGGGCGUAGCUGGGAGACGCUAGCCUUUGGAGGAGGAGGCGGCGGUAUUGGAGGGCUCCCUCCCGGAGGGCCUGAGGCCUUACUAGGGGGACCCGCUGGACUGUGGGCAGCACAGGCCAGGGGGAGCUGGGCGUCGGCUAGCUCCUCCUCGUCCUCAGCUGCUUACUGGGGAGAGGACUCUGAGGGCGACACAGGCACCAUCAAGAGGAGAGGCGGGAAGGAUGUCAGUGCUGACCCGGAGACAAGUAGCAUCACGUCCACUGGGUCAGAGGAGGCCAAGCAGCACAGCCGGCCUUCCCCAUCACCGAUCACGGCAGGAGGGAAAGGCCUCAUCUCACGGAAGGAGGGUCGUUACCGUGAGCCUCCCCCCACCCCGCCCGGCUACACCGCCCUGACCAUCUCCGACCUCGCUGAAGGACAGCACCCGGGCCCGCCGGCUCCCACGCCAAUGGCAGGCCACACGGGCCGCCGGCCACCAGACUACACCACGGCUCUGCAGCGCUCACGCAUGGUCACCCAGUCACCCGACUCCCACCAGGCCCACCAAGGAGCCAAGCAGCGGGCGGGUGGCCUCCACCGCACACGCUCACCGGCCGAGGAGCAAGAGCCUGAGGAGGAAGAGGAGGGUGAGUCCUUGUCUUCCAAACUAGUCGCUCUGAGGAAGCCAAAGCCAGUGGCACAGCACACCCCUGAGACUCCCAGACCAUGAGAGUGUGUGUACGGGGGUUAACAGGCAGGGCCCCUCUCCCUGAGGCAGAGGAUGAACAGGUGUCAGCAGUCUGAGAGACAAGACUGGAUGUCCUUUUGCAGUAACUUGAAGUCCCCCUCUUUUGGGGUGGGCAGGACUAAAGAGACUGACAGAUAGACAGACCAAUAGACUCAUCAUCAGUUACGUACGUGCCUGCCUCCUCCACCUGGCUCUCCUUCCCGAUUGGUGGAUUCCUCUGCUUGUCUCCCUCCCCUGCCUUAAAGCAUCAUGGGGGGUUGAAUGACCCUGCAUGCAAAAAAUACUGUGAAGAAGAAGUUGAAGAGGAGAUGGAGAGAAGGUCAAAGACGAUGACAAAAUGCCUGGCACUUUGGAAUAAAAAAAAAAAAAGACUACAAAAACCUAACUUGCGCAGGGGAUUCCCCAGCCAAUGGCGCGCAACACACAUACACACAAACCCACAUAGAUGUUGCCGUUAGCAACGGGGCAGGCUCCUUAAGACUGUCCUGCCCCAUCCCAGACAAAAUCCCAAACCCACCUGUUAACACAACAGCAUCAUGACGUGUUGAGCUUCAUCUGCACUUUCUCAUUUUCUACUUUCUAAAAAAAAGAAAAAAAAAAGAACAAAACAGACUAUUGUUUAAAACAGAGAGACGAUGGUCAGCUUGACUCUUAGUUUUCAACUUCCCGCUAGAUUUUUUUUCUUUUUUUUUCUUUCUUUUUUUUCUUUUUGGGGUGGGGGGGUUUGUUUGAACAAUUGCACUCUGGGGCCGAAAAGAGAAACUAAGUCAGCACAUUUCUCUGCCUGGACUAAAGCAACCUGUCUGCUAUUGAGUGUUUUAACCGCAAAUCCAGUAUUAUCUCAUUUUAGUGUUGGUUCAAAUCAAAGCUAGGAGGAGGAUGUAAUAGGGGGAACCAACAUGCACACACAGUGUACUGACAUAAACUCACACACACACACGCACACACAAUUCACAUAAAAAAAACAGCACUUUCAGCACAAUCUUAGAUCUUUCCAGACAGUCUUCAUCAUCUACAAAGAGGAAGAGUUGGAGUGAACCAUAUCUGGUAAUACUGUUAUUUUACCUGGGAGCUUGUCUGGUUAUAUCAAAUUCCUUUCAUCAUCCUGUUUGCCUGUUGUUGGAUCAAAUUUGAGCAACAGCGAUCCUGUUUUAUCACUGUUCUGAAGGUAAUAUGAAAGAAGAAGCACAGAGGUGACUGACCACCCAUUUAAAACUGCACACUGUCUCUACAGUGCGUUGAAGCUACACUAGGCAAUGUUUUUUAUGUAUAAAUACACCCAUUUUAUCAAAGUGGGGCUGCAGCAGAGCAGAGAUUCUCAUCCUCUUUUAAAUUUGCCCUAUUUGCCCAAAUCAAAAUCCGCAUGGACACUAGACGUGAUGAAGUGAAAGUUGUGUCUCCUAAACGGCAGCAAGCGAGCUCUCCAUCUGAAAAAAAUCUGGACUCACCAACAUUAGGUUGUCUGCCUCCCUGGUUUCUUUGGUCUAGAGCAUCCCAGGCUGGCUGGGUUGGUAAACAUGAGCAUGCCGUGCGCAGUUCACUGACGUCACCUUGCGGCAUUUCUUGGAGUUGGAAGUUCUCAAAGAGUUCCUUCUUGCCGCCAUCCGGAGCCGCCAGUGUGUGAAGUUGCCAAGUGCAGCUUUAAAUAUCAACUUUUACACAUGAUUUCAUCUUGUAUUGAGUCUUAAAAUGUUUUAUUUUCUCAAAUUAAGUGAAAGAAAUUCGUAAAGUGAGAAAAAGCAAACUGAUUUGAUAUUGAAAAGUAUAUCAUGUGGUCAGUGCUGUUGUCCAAAGCGCCUUACCGUGCCAUGAUUGCAUACAUUUAUGGGUUUUUGCAUUCAAAUUUGACUUAUUUGCAUUAUUUCAAGAUCACGCUCCUGAUUUUUUUUUCUUGUUUUAAUAAAAAGAAUAUUUCAAGACUCAGUGCUAGAUGAAGGUGAACAUUGGUGAUUUUUGCAGCGUGACAUCAAGCCGAUAAAGACUGGCCAUUCAGUGGCUGAGCCCAGUAGAUCACUGUUACUAGGUUUUCAUGUUAACCUCUACAGUUACGCUGCACUGCUCGCUCUGCUGUUGUGCUCCUACAUUCAUCCUUUUCAUUGCAAAGGACAGAACUCUCCAGCUGUUACAGUCAUCAGCUCAGUGGAUGCUGUAUGUAUAUUACUAAUGCCUGCAUAGUGCAUCCAGUUUUCCACCAUAUCUCGAUAUCAAUGGAACUGACUAAAGAACAUGUUUUAAUUUCUGUUUUGGUUUUUUGUUUUUAUUUUUUUUUUAUCCUUUGACUCCGGUGGGGAAGUUGACAUAUAUAUAUAUAUAUUAAAAAAAAAAAAAAACAACUUUUUCAAGACUGCCAAUCAGAAUGAUUCGAAAACAAAUUAUGAAGAAGUCACUUUUGAGUCUUUUUUUUUUUCUAUCACUGAGUCGCACUGAUCACAUUGAUCAGUCUUGGAAACUAUAGACUGAGAUAAAAGAUGAAUGAGUGCAGUGUUUUCCACUGUGUUCUGUAACUACACACUAAUAUCAUGAGUUUUGGAUUUUUUUUUUUGUUUUUUUUUUUUUGUUCUUGUAAUUUUUUUGUAAUGGCUGCAGAUAGAUUGUCGAUAAUGCGUUUGUAAUACAGUGGUGACAUGCAUCAUUCACUUUCAUUCAAUUCUUUGAAGAUAAUGUGCAUAUUAGCGGGUCGAGUCCUAUUUCGAAAAACAAAAAGUUGCACAAAAAUGUACAAGCGUAAAGAUAAGUGUAGUAGGUAGAACUGCUACUCCGUUUGAUGUGUGAUGUCAGUGAGAAAUGUACAUUUAGCUGGUGAUGACCUUUUUUUCCUCAUUCUUUCUUGUACUACUUUGACCUGUAUGUCUUUUAAAAAGACAAUUGGUGGAGUAUGUAUCAGUUGUUUUUUUGUAUUUUUAAUACAAUAAUUGUAAAUAUUGGUUAUAUUUUUGUUCAAAUGUACUAUGUUUAUGCCUCAACAUCCAGUUUAUAUGAAGCUGGGAAUCAAUAAAUACUGCAUAAAGAAUCAACACCUAGGUUUAAAUGCACUCAGUUUCUUUCCUCUGCUUUAUGACAUGUUUUCUUCUCAGAUUACUCUUCUCCUGCAGAGAUUUUUCCCCGACACCGUCUAGUGUUUGCACAAGUCAUGGAAGCAACUUGAAAUGUGUAACUCUCGUAAUACUUUUCUAUCUGACAGCAGUGUGUCAGAAUUAAUAAAAAAUAUCUAAGUCUC